GCAGGGUUUUGGUAUGAACGGCAUGGGGACGUAGGCUUACGCUGCCAGUGUACUUCGCCCGGGAAUCUGACCUUGGGCGUACUCGUGUCUGCGUGCUGUUUAUUCUCAGCCAUGGCUUGUCUAUGCUCGAUAACGUCUGUAGAACUCACCUUCACAUGCCCAUGCUAUUGCUCCGUCCGCUUGCGCAUCCGUACGUUCCUGAGCUCAUUGGGCAUCUUGCGGACGCUUCCCUUGAAGGCCAUCGAUCACGCGCCCCGCGAUAAGUGCGACAGAGAACGUCAGUAUACGCGAUCCUCACACCCGACCUCGGCCUUCCAGUACAGCAAUCGCCAUUCACUCUACUCUUGGACACAAUGGGACUCUAUAGGGCUUGGCGUCUUCUCUCCGCGUGACACCAACGCGGUUCACUGCAUCUACUUCGUGCACAGCGAAGCACAUCCCCGUGCUUGACCACCCUCUGACCACCCUCGCCCCCGCUUAUCUUCUCCUGAAAGCAUGGCCGUUCCCAGUUCAUUUCUCCGCGUCUUCGCAUCCGUC